ACCGGGAAAUAUGCGGGAAUUUCAAUGACCACCGGGAAAUUUUAGCGUUUGUAGAGAUGAUGUCAUCUCAGAAGGCAGGAAGUUUUGUAAAAAAAAGCGACCCAUUUGCUCAUGUUAUUUUAAACUAAUUCGGCCAAAAGAAACUUUCGACUUGAAAGCAAACCCCCUUUUUUGACAGUUCCAUUUCCAUUUGUUCCUGUCUGCUUCCUUGUUGACAACACUACGAUCAUGUGCUCGAUUCGAGGCUCGGUGGCGGUAGAUUUAUUCACUCGUUCUUAUGCGCGCAGCAAGCAGUUUGUGGCUAAUGAAAGAGCUGGCUAGUGUGUCACGUCGCACCUAUUCAAUCAAACACAUCGGGGUGCGAGAUUAACAAACUGUUGAAUGAGCGAGCUUAUUUGUGUCAACGAAAGCGAGACGGGAACAGAUUUCAUUAUGUUGUUUGGAUGUACGUAGGCAUACCGUUAUUUGAUAAACAAGAGCUCCAUCGCGAAUUCACAAUGUGCACGACAUUUUCUGCAAAAUACAAGGAGUUAUUUCCGUGGUGUGCUGCUGAUAACCAGGAUAAAAAAUCAGCCAAAUGUGUCUGGUGCAAUAAAUCGUUCAAGAUCGAUACCAUGGGGAAAGUCGCCUUUUCGAGUCAUGAAAAAGGCAAGAGGCAUCAACAAGAAGCGAACAUUCGGCGAACGGUUGUACCAGUGAGUUCGUUUGCUAUUGCUAGUGGUAGCAAAGCACCGUUGGCUGACAACACUUCAAGCGCCGCAUUGGAUCCUAUUCCGUAUACCAGCAAAACGAUCAAAAAGGAUCAUGUGUCCACUACCGGUUCAACAGGACUGAUGAACAAAUAUAUUCUGAGCGACAAAGUUACCUGCUGAAAUUUUGUGGGCUCUGCAAACAGUCAUGAAUCAUAACUCAUAUCGAGGUUCCGGAGAGCAGGUCAGUUUGUUUUCUUUGAUGUUCCCAGACAGUGAAAUUGCUUCAAAGCUCGAGCUAGGUCGGACAAAGAUAAGUUAUCUAAUUACCCAUGGCUUGGCACCGUACUUUUCGGAAAAUUUGUUGAAAAUGAUGGAAAAUUGCAAGGACUUUGUAAUUGGGUUCGACGAGACGCUCAACAAAGUCUCUCAGCGCCAGCAGCUCGAUGUGGGUGUUCGUUUUUGGUGCCAAGAAACCCAGCGUGUCACGAGCAGAUAUCUGGGCUCCGUGUUCUUAACUUCAACGAGAGCACAAGACAUAUUGCAGGGCCUAAAGGAUUGUUUUUCGUCCAGACCUAAGCUUAUCGAGAAGGUGAUUCAAAUUUCUAUGGAUGGUCCGAAUGUGAACUUAUGUCUGCACCAAAACUUGAAUAUGGAGCUGAAAGAACUUCGAGGCACAGAUUUCAGCUUGCUGAACAUCGGGAGCUGUGGAUUACAUGUUACCCAUAACGCUUUCAAGAACGGAAUGAAGAAAACUGAAUGGCGAAUUGACGAUUUCUUAUUUGCUGUACACAAUUUGUUCAAAAAUGUUCCACUACGGCGCGCAGAUUUCACUGCUGUUACAGGAUCGCAUGUGUUUCCUUUGAAAUUUUGUGCGGUGAGAUGGGUGGAGAAUCAAUCCGUGGCAAAAAGGGCAAACGAAAUGCUUCCCUUCUUGAAGACUUACGUACGAGCUGUAAAAAGUCAAAAAGAGAAAAAAACUUAAGGAAUCGAGCCCCGAUUUCAGGAGAAGUUUUCCUGCCGUAGUAAAAUCCAAAGUUUUUGAAGUUGUUGCUGAGGCCAUAGAUGAUCCGUUUUUUGAAGCAAAGCUCAGUUUCUUCAUUGCUACAGCUGCAAACGUGGAACCUUUUUUGAAAAAUUUUCAGUCUGAGGACCCGAUGGCUCCAUUUCUGUAUGACGAACUUACAGAGCUCCUCAGGAUGAUGAUGGGAAAGGCCCUAAAACCAGAAGCUUUCAAAGGAAAAUCCAAUGCGCUUACUGAUAUCUCCCUCGAUGAUGAUAACUUCCUGCCAUCCGCAAAAGUCGACAUCGGCUUUGCCACAAAAGCCGCACUCAGAUCGCUAGAAAACAAGAGUAACGGAAAGCUACCGGAACAGAAAUUCGUU